GUUGACUCUCAUGCGUGCACACGUUUUUACAUGUAUCACUUUUGUGCUUCGUAAAAGAGCAGUCGCAGAAUAUUGUAUUCAGUGAGCGUGCGCUCCCGGUCUUGACCUCUGACCGCCUCCCUGUGCAGCGUAAGCGAGGCUGCUGAGGUUAGCUCAAUUACAUGUCAUGCUCGCGGUGUCCCCGGACAGCUCUUAACCUCUACGGUUGCAGCUAUGAAUGGCAUUCACAUGCGUCUGUUCCGAUAUUCCGGUUGUAUUCGUACUCCGUGUUUAUUUAGCUCAUUGUGAUGUGACCUAGAGAGAAAUCCUGCAGCUGCUGCAUGAGUACGAAGCAAUUAGAACGACUCUGCGGUUUGACAGCACCCGUUGAGCACCCGUGAUGUAGUGUAACGGCUGCGGGGAUGCUGAACGCAAACACAGCUUGCGGUAUCUGUGAUAUCUUAAAUGAUAUGCGUAAGCACAAGUGUGGGUUACCCAUUCAUUCUGGGAUUCUCGGACUGUGAAGUCGACGAAACCCAUGGGGAGUUUCGAAGCUCAACGUGGAGUCUAGCGGUAAAAAAAAAAAAAAAAAAAAAGAGCAGCUGGUUUUAAGUAGUUUUUGUUGGCAAUGUGAAACUGGCAAUGUGAAACUGCAAACCGACGGCCAACCCUCGAUGCCGCACGAACUGACAGUGCGGAGAGAGAUCAAACGACGUCAACGCUCGGCUGAUGUGUUGACGCGUCAGCGUCUCAUUUGUUUAUUUCGCCCGUUUAAUUUUUACCUCAUGACGACACACUCCCUGUGAGCGCUUGAGCAACUCUGCAGCAUAACACGAGAUAACGCAAGAUUAUCGGAGCGUAAAGUCUUACCUACUCUCAGUUCAGGUUGCAUAUAAAAAAGACCUGAAACUUUUUUUUCUUGAAUGAAAAGGCCGUAACUUUUGAACGCUUGAACGUACGGUCACAGUCCUGGACUCUGCUGAAAGGUGACACUCAGGGGCUUCUUUCCAGCGCUGACUCUUCAUUGGCUUCUGAAGGCCGGACCAGGACGAAGACAAGGCAGACGACACAACGCAGGAGACCCGGAGUGAUCAUUAACCUCACAUAAACACAUACAGUAUGACAGACUGGAUCUGACUCCUCCCUUUUUGCAUCCCCCCCCCCGAGUCCCGACAUCCUCCUCCAGCCCUGGCCCGGGGGCCAGCCGGUCCACCUUCGCCGAGCCCUCAGCAGCCUCUCUGCCUCGCAGCUUUGCGUUCGAGCCGCAACGCACAGACCUCACGGGAGGGGACGGCUUCUUCCGGAGGCGCCCCCGCUCCUCUCCCCCAGCCCCGGGGACGGGACCCUGUCAUGUUUCACUGACCGACCUCUCCCAACCGGCGAAUGACAAGUGCGUAUCCGAGGGUGGGGCUUGCCUCAGUCUCUCAUGAUUGGCUGCUGGAUGGAAUUAAGGUGAAUGGAACACAUGCCCAAGGAGCAGGACUCUAACCCAUCAGAGGGAGAAGAGAAACAGUGGCUCAAUGGCCCGAAAAGGAAGAGGAAGAACAGCCAAUGUUCCGUGAAGAGUAUGACUGGGUACAUCCCCAGCUACCUCGAAAAGGAUGAGCCAUGUGUGGUGUGUGGCGACAAGGCCACGGGUUACCACUACCGCUGCAUUACCUGUGAGGGCUGCAAGGGCUUCUUCCGUCGGACCAUUCAGAAGAACCUCCACCCCUCCUACUCCUGUAAAUACGAUGGCUGCUGCAUCAUCGACAAGAUCACCCGCAACCAGUGCCAGCUCUGCCGCUUCAAGAAGUGCAUCGCCGUGGGCAUGGCCAUGGACCUGGUGCUGGAUGACUCAAAGCGGGUGGCGAAGCGGCGCCUGAUUGAGGAGAACAGGGAGCGGCGCAAGAAGGAGGAAAUGGUGAAAACCCUCCAGAGCCGUCCAGAGCCCACCGGGGCCGAGUGGGAGCUGAUCCGCCUGGUGACCGAGGCCCAUCGACACACCAACGCUCAGGGCGCGCAGUGGAAGCAGAAGCGCAAAUUCCUGCCAGACAAAAUUGGCCAGUCUCCAGUCGCCCCCACGUCGGACGGAGACAAGGUGGACCUGGAGGCCUUCAGCGAAUUCACCAAGAUCAUCACUCCUGCCAUCACCCGCGUCGUCGACUUUGCCAAAAAACUGCCCAUGUUCUCUGAGCUGCCUUGUGAAGACCAGAUCAUCCUGUUGAAGGGCUGCUGCAUGGAGAUCAUGUCGCUCCGAGCGGCCAUGCGCUACGACCCGGAGAGCGAGACGCUGACGCUGAGCGGGGAGAUGGCCGUGAAGCGCGAGCAACUGAAGAACGGCGGCCUGGGCGUGGUGUCCGACGCCAUCUUCGACCUGGGCAAGAGCCUGGCGCAGUUCAACCUGGACGACACGGAAGUGGCGCUGCUGCAGGCCGUGCUUCUAAUGAGCUCAGAUCGCUCGGGCCUGACCUGCAUGGACAAGAUCGAGAAGUGCCAGGAGACCUACUUGCUGGCGUUCGAGCACUACAUCAACUACCGCAAGCACAACAUUCCCCACUUCUGGCCGAAGCUCCUAAUGAAGGUGACGGACCUGCGGAUGAUCGGGGCGUGCCACGCCAGUCGCUUCCUUCACAUGAAGGUGGAGUGUCCCAACGAACUCUUCCCUCCGCUUUUCCUGGAGGUCUUCGAGGACCAGGAGGUGUGAAACACAACGAGGAAGCCGGGGCACGAUGGGAGAUUAUUUUACUAUUUUUUUUUAAAUUUUUUUUUAAGGGGAAGGAUGGAGAGAGAGUCCUCUCGGCAGGAAUCUGCUUUUCUCCGGCAUCACAUUUAAAGUAUGUGGUUUUAAAACUGGAAGCAACAAUAACAGAAGCAACACACCAGCAAUAGGAGAGCGAAACAAACACCUCUUUCUCCUCCUUAUACGCACCCCUGUUUUAAAAAUCCAUGUGGGGGCCCUUCUGUCUGAGCAUAAUGUCUUAUCUAUUAAGAGUUGUAGCCAUUUGCCAAGACACGUACACAAACAUACACACACACACACAGCACAGAUACACUUACACCACCACAGCCUGUUCCACCUCAGUUCUUCAGAGCAGUGUUCGCUGCGGGGGUUCCUUACCUCUCCUUGGUUCUUUGUAGCGGUCACAGAUUUACACAUUUUGAAGCCACUGUUUCCAGCUUCGGAGCUGGCCAGCACCUCUCAGUAUUACUUCUGAAUUAGUGCUAAGGCAGUCAGUUCAGAAAAUAUGGACAAUGUUAUUUGUCACCGUCAAGCAGGCACACGCAGACACUGCACAUUGAAAUUUCAGCCGCUGUGUUAAACAUUACUUCUGGUGCAUAGUAACUGCAGUAAAAGCAGGUCCACCAGACCUAGUUAUCAGUUACUCAACUCAAUCUGAGCCGUUACAUCUGUUUUUGGAGCUUCUUCUUCAACUACUACUACUACUACUACUUCAUAGAUCCCAGUGAAAACCGGUGCUAUAUUUAUAUAAGGCUACUCCAGUUUUUUUUUUUUUUUUUUUUUUUUUUGGAAUUGUGUUGUCUACCUUGGAAAAACUUGUAAAUCAUGGCUCCAUAUCUACCUUCAGUUUUGUCAUUGGACCGGCUCCUGUGACAUACAGCGCACACACACACACAAAUACGCACACACACGCACACACACACACAGACAGACACAGACGAGCAGAUUUGCCUUGUCAUUGCCUGCGCUGCUCGUGCUAGCAGCCUGCCAUCUUAUAAAAGACAAUUAAACCCUUCUCCCUCCAAGGGAUUGUCCGUUGCGGUGAAUAAAGGAAAGAAAGAGGAGAGAGAGGGGGAGGGAGGAAGGGAUACAGUUAGAGGGAGGAGGAGAUAGAGGGAUGAAAUACGAUGUAAUAUCACGACUGUGGACUCACAGUCAGGGGUCAGAGGUAAAUCUGCCACACCCUGCCUCUAAGGAGGUCUUGAAUAGCAGCAACCACCAGCAAGACAACGAAGCUCAUCUUACAACACACACACCCUGAUUCUCUCUGUGUCUGUCCCACACUUUAUGUGACACGCACACACACACACACACACACACACACACACACACACACGAAACAUACGAACAUGAAAACACACAUCACCUCAGAGUAACGUGAAUGCCUCAUUUUACUGUAUGCACUGCACGGCAGUGUGGAUACACAGCCCUAACCUGCAGGGUUUGUACAGAGUCCUCUCCUCACGGACUCAGCUCAGUGUGGCCCCUCCAGGCUUCCAUACACAUUUGCCUUUUUUUUUACCAUGGGUGUCACUGAGAGCAGGCAAACGCCAAGAAGGCUACCAUUUACCUCAAAGUGGACACACCCCCAGGCUGGGGCAGCGAUACUGCCGCUGUGGUGUCAGACACUACCUCACCUCUGUGGACACAGGGCAGCUGCCCACAGCCUACACACAGACAUACACCAUUCAAGCUGGCGCAUGUGUAGAUUGACACACAGACGUGCAUAGUUUCUACAUCGGUGCGCACUUGGUCAUGGAAAAGACAAAACACUUGCAGAAUACACACACUCAGUGCUAUCACUUGGUUCAAAUGAAAUACCACUGAAGACAGGAGGGCCGACCAUUUCCCCUGGAAGGUUUUCACCGACUCCUCCAGGGAAUGGUACCCACCACUUGUGGGUUAUCUCUUUUUUUUUUGUUAUAUGGGACCAAGUGUCAUCUUUUUCCGAAAUUUGGAUUACCCGUUUCCGCGGAGAGCGGAAGCCGACUCACAGGAUCAUCGAAGGACGGUGUGGAUGUGCAGCCCAGCUGACACCCGCCAAAAGCAAGCAGGAGGAUCGAUAAGAGAGUAACUGAAAACCCAUGCUGGCCGCGUCCAUCGAAUUAGCAUGCAUAGAGAGAGGGCAGUUUCCGUCUGCAAUCGCGGCGACGUUCCACAGUACACUUGAUACAUGUUUUCAAUGAAAUAAGCUCUUUCUUGUGAAAUUUGCGGUGCGUCUGACAUGAAAAGAUGGAAUGUUCUCAACCCGAAAACGAACAACCCCACGGCUCUUUUAGUCUCGUCCAGUUUCCCGGUGCUCGCCGCUAUACCUGUAGAAUCUCACGUCCAGUAACCCACGAGCAGAUAUCGCAAGCGUGCUCCGCCAAAACGACCAUUCAAGAAUGUUGAUUUGAUUAGAGAAGCCCGCUCUGUUCAUUCCAAUUCCAGGGGGCCAAGCCACGUCUAACUGGGUUUACCACUCUUACGAGAAGAGAAUGAAAGAAAUCAGAGACUAAGAAAAGUCAUUUUAUAUUCUAUCCCAAGCAGUAGUUCUUACUGGGCACUUGUAAAGGAUUGGGUAACCUCUCAGAAAGUACCUGAGCGGAGGGGGCGUCAUGUGGUCGAGAUCGCGGGCAAACGUCACGGGCGGCCGCGCCUCACUGCUUUCGAAAAAUCCGAGCGCCGCUGGGAGGAGGAGGUAGGAACUGGAGCGCCACCUUUGGGCACAGUGGUGUCGCCUGGUCCGAAUCCCUUCCUCUAACGCACCUCCACUCCCAGAGAUCCGUCACCCCUUCUACCCUCCACUACUCCAGCCCUAGACAUUGCCCUUUUUGUGGAGCCUAGCUCAGAUCGGGGCCCAUCCCCAUUAUAAGAGACCCCACUCAGCCAGACUGAUGGGACUUUUUGCACUACUGCAGUGGUCCUCCCCAUUCACCCCCUCGCCUGUACGGUUUAAUUGGCCCUUCCCUCGGUAUUGCUUAUUAGUUUUCCCCGACCAAAAGUCUCCCUAAAUUGGUUUCCUAAGCUGCUCUGUGUAACAGAGGCUGGAAGAUGCAGUGGGCUCAGUCCCAAACCUGUCCUGUUGUCAGUAUUAGACCAACAGCACAUAACGAGCCCAAAACAGGGCGGAGAGAAAUCUCCGCACGGAAGAGUUGGGAUGGCCGAGUAGCACUUGUCCUUUUGUCCCCGUAGAAUUCAUUGUCCCGUCGUCCCUCUUAUAGCAAUAUCAGCCCACUUUUUUAGAUUCUGAGCCCCUCCCCAUCAAUCAUCACCUCCUCUUUCCCACCCACUCACCCCCUAGCUGUCCCACCCACCCACUCACCCCCAGGUUCGGCCCAGAAUCGUCGACACCAAACAGGAUCCAGGCCUCUCCCUUGUGAGACAAGGCUGGCCAUGACUGCCCCCUAGGGCGGCGCCACCGAAUGUAUGCGAACGGGCGAAGCAGCAGCGAGAGACUUGAGUGCGAGAAUGCGAGGAUGCGAAGAAGAAAGCGUGGGACAGGAAACACAAAAGCCAGAGGGCCCUCGGCCCUCACUGCCAUCGCCGACGCGGGUGGGAGCGGGAAGAUGUGGCCGGUUGUAGAGACGAUGUUAACACAAAACGCGCGGAUGACCGGGAGACGGAGAUGUAGGGAUGUCUCCCCCCGGGGUUCCACCCCCACCCCCCAACCCCCCCGACACAGCCCCCACACGAACCCCCCUGCUCCCACGCCGGCUGACAACCCCAAAUGCCCCCCCACCACCCCCCACCCUCCUCAGCUCCCUCCACAAGGAUAACCUCCGACUUUUCAAACGGUGAGGAUCGGGAAGCGAUCCCACAUUCCAGAGAUGCCGGUUUGGAAUUCCAACACAUCUUUGUAAAAGAACUGAAAAAGAAAAAAAUAAUCGAUGUCCUUUGUUCUCGUGAGCUGACUGGGUCUAUGUGUGUAGGGGUUAUAAUGCUGCUUUACCUUCUGAGUCUGAUUUAGAUUAAGAGAAAAAAAAUAUAUAUAUGAAAUGAUUAUAAAUCCAUAAAACAAAAAUGAAAAGAGAUGACUUUAAAAAAAAAAAGACUCCUGAACAAAUUUAUUGGAGAUUGUUUUUUUUUCAUUCUAUCAUUGUUUUCUUAUAUUUCUGUUUGUUUUUUGACGCUUAAACUGCUCUGUGUAAAGGAGAAAAAAAAAACAGCUGUAGUCACUUUUUGACCAUGCGUGCAGUGUAACAUAGAAAAUAUUUCACUUCUUUUUCACAUCUAUAGUUUGUGUUUAUAAGCCAACUGAUCUGUGCGUCUGUGUGUCUGUCCAGUUGUCCGUCCCCUUUUAUCAGGAGGAAUUUACAACCAACAAAACAGGAAUUUUAUUAUUUUCCAUAUACAUAUAUAUAUGUAUACAUAUAUAUAUGUGUAUGUAUAUAUAUUGUUUUUGUUUUUUGUUUCUUUUUUUUUUUUUUUUUUACAAAUACAACUUUGGAGAAAAAAAACAAAUAGAAAAAAAUAAUGCAACAUAAAACUGAAAAUGUGGAGAAAAAAAAACUGAAACACAAUCUUGUCAUACCUCACGCAACACAAAACUCAAAGGAACUUGGGAGGAGUCAUAUUUUGCAGGCACAUGUGAAAGUUCAGAGAUGCAUAUAUAGAUUUAAAAAAAAUAAUAAUAAUAAUGUACAUGUUAAGAUGCUAUGUGCUUGUGUGUAUGCAUAAGUUACAAAAGGAGGCUUCCCUCAACCUUUGGCGCCCUGUAUCUUAUCGAUUUGGCUCCCAGGUGAUGGGCGACGCGACGUACAUGCGAGGAAAAUGUCUGGAGAAUCCGCCUGCCGACGCGCGUGCUUCUCCGACAUCGAGGCACGCUCUAAAGACAGUUAGCUUGUGAACAAUGUGAAUGGCCCAGAGACUGAGGGAUUCUGCCUUUUGUAAUGGCUGAGUGUUUUAUGGUAUUGAAUGUAGCUGACAGGAGGGGGCUGGACCUGAGCCCAGCACCCACGACCUAACUUCCACACACCAGCAGAGAGGAUAGUGGUGUCACGUAGACGUUACAAACAAAACCAACAAAACUGAGAAUAUAUAUUGCCCGUCUGCAAGGUGCAAUACUAUGUUAUGUACUUUUGUAUGUUUUGAUUUUCUUUUUUGUUUUCUUUUGCCCAUAACCAAGGAUGUAAAUACAAAAGAAACACUCAAGAGUCAUUGUAAAAAGGAAAAUUUAACCGCUCCAUCCCACUGUCUUGUAAGCAGAAGAAAAAGUAACGUGUAAUGCUUGUUACAUCUUUAUGUGUGCGCCCUAUCACAUGUGCAUGCGGAUCCAUAUUCAGAAGUGCCCCGUGACAUUAAUCAUAAACCCUGUGCCUCCUCUUGUUUGCAAAAGAGAUGCAUUCCCCUCAUAAGUUCACGACGACAUGCUACACACGGAUGACUACAGUUUUUGUGUGUGUGUACGUGUGUGUGUGUGUGGUUGUGUGUGUUCACCUAUGGUUCUUCCAAACUACUGAUGUGGGUGUUGCCAGCGGCCACGGUAGCUGAAGGUCAGCGGGGGCAGUGGGGCUGUUUUGUUGAGCUGGGGCGGGAGGUGGGAGGUGGGCGGUGGAGAUAUGAAUAGAACAUAAGGAGGUCGUUAUUUGCAAAGCAAACAUGGCCGCUGCACACCCACAUCGUAGUUGGCGAAAUCUGAAGUUUAUUGGCUCAUUUGUCCGCCAUAUCAGUGCCUCCAUAAAACCAGCCCGGAGAAUCUUGGAACGUCGGCCUUUGAAUGGGAGCGGUCCGAGAAAUAUCACUUUACCGCUCGAGGCCCCGUUUACACACUGGUCGGUUCGGAUUCCCGUGUAGCUGCACCUAAAAUCUGGUCGAAAUGCGUCGAAUCCCAAUUAGGUUUCCUGAGAUCUGCCCAAGACGCACAAAAUUAAAUGCGAACAGGCCCUUCAGCGGUGACAACUCCUUGAACUGAGUUCUAGAUUUUCAGGUCGCGCCACUCAAAGCUUAAAGUAAUUUCGGUCGACGCCAACUGAAAGAGGAGUCGCUUCCAGACCGCAUGUGGAGCUUUCGAGGCUGGUUUUACGGAGCUACGUAGCCCAUUCCUCCAUAGAUCCUUGGUUUUUUCCUCACAUGUUGACACAUUGGCAAGGGUGCAGAUUGUUUGUAAUGUCUUUGGUUUAAUGGUUGUGUUUGGUCCCCCUCUAUGCCAAAUGUAGAGUUUGUUAAGACAUGCAAGUAGCAGGAUGUCUAUGCAAUCGCCCUCCAAAUCCCUCCCGAGAGACGAGCUCGCAGUAACAACGAGGAGCCGGUCUCGGUCAUGAAAUCCAAUUCGGCCUGGCUUGAAUUCCAGAGGUUCUUUGCUUGACCCAAAGACCCUUGCUACUUCGUGUGGGCAAGAGCCCCGGACUGUUGGAGCGAGCUUGGCCUCCAGCCCAGCCCAGCUCAGCUCGCUGGCAGUCUGGGUCCCAGAGAAGUCGGAGGGGUAACUGGGGAGGUUGUGGAGGAUAAGAAUUCUAUGAGAUGUGCUGUUUUUGUAAAACUGCUCAGAAAGUGGUGUAUGUGUACGUAUAUGUGUGUUGUUUGGAGGUUUGGGCGCUACUCAUGUAUCUCUAAUGCGAUGCUCUCAUUGUUCGGUGUGUUAAGGCCACAAGAGUCUCAAAUUCCAAGAUUCAGACCAGCCCCUGAAUUCAGUAACUCUGGAAUAUGGGUGUGAAGCUUUAAUCUUUGUAUCCUGCGACCAAGUUAAUGUAGUAGUAUUUGAAUUUGUCGAUGUCCGUACGUGGGUUGUAACGUAGCAUAGGAAAGUUUACUUGACCUCUGCUUUCGAGGUGUGAGGGCAGAGUUUGGCCCGAUUGCAAUCAUAAAGUGAAAGGAGAAAAAUAAGAUAUUGCCCCAUUGAGAUGGUCACCUAGAAUAUGCUGACCCUCUAUUUUACUUGAGCACUUAACUUUAAAGCACUUUGAAUGGCCCAAGCUCACUGUAAGUGAACGACUCUUUGAACAUAAAUAUUGUGGCAGUGUAAAAGGAUAUAAAUUGCACCCAAGCCAAGUGCCUUUUGCACCAUUUAAUGUUUUUUUUUAAAAAAAUUCGCUAAACCCGAAAAAUAAACCAGUAGUCUCGACUAGUUUAGUUAUUUUUCAAAGAAGUGCAAUAACUGCGUGAAUGAAUCUUGUUGCGUAAUUCUUGACCAAUCAGAUCUCUUUUUUUUUAUAUAUAUGUGGAAAUAGUGCACCUUUCAAUGAGAGCAUCAGCAGGACCCGGUCCACACACACAGACACAGACACACACACAUGCACACACACAUCCACUGACCACUUUUUGUGACUGGGUAAAGGAAGCUAUUGAAGGAUUCUCUCAGGUAAAAAAAAAAAAAAAAAAAAGGAAAAAAAAAUUACAAAAAAUGAAAACAAAAAACAUUUUCUAAUAAAUGAUGAUGAACCUUA